GCGAAGUUUUCCAUGCAAGUUCAUUCGAGGGAUUCACUUACAAUGAAGCAGUGGCUUACUGCCAGGCCCGGAAUGCUACCCUGGCCUCCACAGGAGACCUGUAUGCUGCUUGGAAGCAGGGCUUUGAUAAGUGCCGCCCUGGCUGGCUUCUUGACCGCAGCGUACGUUACUCCAUCAAUAACCCCCGGCAGCAGUGUGGUGGAGGGAUGGCUGGAGUUCACACAGUUUACAUGUUUCCCAACCAGACGGGCUCUCCUGAACUGCACUCCAAAUACGAUGCAUAUUGCUUCAAGGUGGAUCUGGCUCUAUCUCCGAAUAAGAGAGUGAAAGAGGAAAAUAUAGUGAACAUGACAUCCUUGCCUGAUCUUCUCAGACCUGAGAGUAUCCCUAUCAUUACUUCAAUCCCUGUGGAACCGUCUGGAUCUGGUGCAUCUGGGGCCAGCAGCACCUACGAUCUGUUGAGCAGUGGGAGUGGGAAUCAGCCGAGUGGGUCAUCUAUUGCAAGUGGAGACUCCUCAGGGACCAGUGGCUCUGAUGAUACGUUGAGUAGUGGGAGCGGUUACCAGCCAAGUGGGUCAUUUGUUUCGAGUGGAGACUCUUCUGGGGCCAGUGGCACCGACGAUCUGUUGAGUAGUGGGAGCGGGGAUCUGCCGAGUGGAUCAUUUAGUUUCAGUGGAGACUCUUCUGGGGCCAGUGACACCGACAAUCUGUUGAGCAGUGGGAGCGGUGGUCAGCCGAGUGGAUCAUUCGGUUCCAGUGGAGACUCUUCUGGGACCAGUGGCACUGACGAUCUGUUAGACAGUAGGAGCAGGGAUCAGCCAAGUGGGUCAUUUGUGUCAAGUGGGAGCGGGGAUCUGCCAAGCGGGUCUGGAAACCCUUCAGGAUCUGGCAAUAUCCGAGUAAUCUUUUCAGAAAGUGACACAGUUUUAUCAGGAUUUGGAUCAGCUUCAGGGAAACCCGAGGAGGCUGGGAAGGGAGUCACCGAGAUCCUCACCUUCCCCUUCGACCAGAGUGUGGACACUUCUGGAUCAGGAUCAGGCAGUGGGUCAGGGUAUGGCUCUGAAGAAAGUGGAUCUACCUCAGACAUUUCCAGCAGCUCAGGAGAAAGCGACGAGAGUGGAGAUCUUUCUGGCAUCUCCUCAGGAUCAGGUUCCAGUGAGGAGUCCUCAGGACUCAGUGGUUUCCUGUCAGGAAUUUUCCCCUCUGGAGGAUCCAGUGGCAUUUCAUUAAUUGAUGGCAGUGGCAUGAUCAUGGUUGAUAACCCACAACAAUUAGAACAAGAGUUAGGUGGAAGCCAUGUGGAUUUCAGCGGAUCAGGACAUACCUCAGGGUCUGGAAUGAGCAGUGAUAUCUCUGGAAUGAGCGGUGAUAUCUCUGGGAUGAAUGAUGAUAACUCUGGUAUGAGUGGUGAUGUAUCUGGAAUAAGCGGUGUCCAUAGUGGCUCUGGGAGUGGUUUAGCAGUUUCUGGUCUGAAAUUUUUGGAGCCUGGCUUCAUUGAUCUCACAGAACAAUCUCGUGAACAGGAAGCUUCUGGGCUUUUGUUUUUUGGGUCUGGUGAGGGAAGUGGAUUUACAUCUGGAGGCUAUGCCAUUGAAUCAGGAGAAAGAUCAGGGGAAUUAGUUAGUGGGGAUAUCACCUUCUUUACCAAUAAUGGCAUGAUGGAAAUACCCAACAAGCCCCUCCAAGGAAUGGAGCUAGGAAGGGGAGAGGUGGAGUAUAGUGGCAACGUCCGGCUGUCCUCAGGUAGUGGAGAUGACCAAAAUGAAUCCACGGUGAACUCCAGUGAUGCUCCUUCAGCUGUACUACUUGCUCAAGGGCCAUCAGGCCUGUACAGUGAUGCUGCAGGGUCUUAUUCAACACCAGAGGGAAUCAUCAGUCAACUUGACGCUGUUACUUCUGCAGCUUUGUCUUCUACCACACAGCCUGCCUCUUUGCAGGGUCCAUCUCUCACCGAAGCACCUGAUAUGAAUGCCACAAUAGCUUCUCUUAACCCAUGUGAUCCGAACCCUUGUGGAGCUGGUUUGUGUUCAGUGAAGGAUGGGGUGGGCCUCUGUCACUGCCCACCUGGACUGCAUGGAGAAGAGUGCCAGUAUGAGGUUGAUGUUUGCCAUUCAAACCCUUGCACCAAUGGAGCCACCUGUGUGGAGGUAGAGGACACUUUCAAAUGCUUAUGUCUGCCCAGCUACGAAGGAGACCGCUGUGAGAUUGAUCUGCACAGCUGUGGGCAGGGCUGGACUAAGUUUCAAGGCAACUGUUACUUGCAUUUCUCGGAGAGAGAGACCUGGCUGGACGCUGAGCAACGCUGUCGAGACCUAAACGCUCACCUGGUUAGCAUUAUCACUCCAGAGGAGCAAGCCUUCAUAAACUCAUACUCUCAAGACUAUCAGUGGAUUGGACUGAAUGAUAAAACGGUGGAAAAUGACUUCCGUUGGUCAGAUGGGACCCCACUGCAAUAUGAGAACUGGCGACCUAACCAGCCUGACGAUUAUUUUAAAUCUGGUGAAGACUGUGUUGUAAUGAUCUGGCAUGAAAAUGGCCAAUGGAAUGACGUUCCCUGCAACUACCACCUGCCUUUCACAUGCAAAACAGGUCCAGUGACUUGUGAACAACCUCCUAAGGUGGAGAAUGCCAGGAUGUUUGGAAAAAAGAAAGAUCUUUACCAGGUGAAUUCUAUCAUCAGAUACCAGUGCAGUGAAAACUUCACACAGCGCCACCCACCUGUGAUCCGCUGCAUGGCAGAUGGACGGUGGGAGAAGCCACAAGUGCAAUGCAUAUCAAAGGUCAAAUCCGGACUGCAAAAGGAAUCUUCUGUUCAUCACUCUCAUAAAGCUAGUAUAAAAAUUUUGGAGAAACAUCUCUAAGGAGACUUGAAGAGUUACAGUUUGGUUUUUAACACAGUACAAGUUUUAUAUUUAUUUUUCAAGACACUGAAUUAAGAAAAUACAUACAUUUCUGAUUAAAAAGUGUUAUUUUCAAAGAUAAAUGCCCAUCUUGAAUUGCCAUGAUACAGCUAUCUGUCUCAUCCCUGCAUUAAAGGAUCAGAGACCAACAGAUCAAAUACUAGCAACCUUCUUAAAGAUGUCUGAAAAUAUUAGCAGGUUUUCCUUUUGAGUGAAGAGCUGGAAGUGCCCAGUUCUUCCUCUUUGAAGGACACAAAAAUAGUGUGUUUCUCUGCUAGUAAGCCAAAAUGUAGGUACAUUAACAACGUACAUGAUGAAAUGUGAAAUAUGAAAACCUAGAAAAGUUUAUAGCCAUAAAAGACGUUUACAAGAAAUCGUAUUUAUUUUCUAAUACCUUACCAGACAGAAAACAAUUUGCACAAGGAUGUCAUUAAUUUGUUGUGCCUGAUUCAUAAUAUAAUGUGAAAUGAGAUUUUUUGAUUUCUCACAGGAUAACACAUAGUACAUCCAUUUUUGACUGGGCGUUUCCAUCUUUUCCUCUCAAAAGCCAUAAAGACAUAAACAACAUCAGACAGGUGGUCAAAUCCAGGCAGAUUAUGAAUGUAAACCUAAUCAUGGAAAUGUACUUGAUUGUCAGAUGUUAUCUGUAGGCCAAGACUAUGCAGGGCAUAGUGCUACACUAGGGGACAAGAAUGAUCCAGGAUCAGCUCUUUCUAAUAAUAUGUCAGAUAGAACUAUUAAUGACAAGUGCCUUGUGAAUAUUUUACAUUUUGCCUGUUUCAGUGAAGAGACUGCUUACUUACAAGAGGCUGUGCCUCUUUCAUCCCAAAGGCUCUUUUAUACAGUAUAGCUUUAUUUUCAUCUGCUAAAGUUGAAAUGAUACAAAUGACGAAUGCAGUAUGAACUGCAGAAGAUGCACAAACAUUUCUUUAAGGAUUUCCCCCCCCUCAUAAGUUACAAGCAAAACCGUACUCCGUGGCACAGAAGACCCAUCAUUUCUUUCAUUGAGAUGGAUGAGUAACAAAAUUCUACAGUGAAAUCAUGAGGGGAAAUAUUGUCAUUGUGAUAAUCUGUUGUUUAUAAAGUAAGAAACUUUUAAAAUUUUCCAGGAAUGUCGUCAGAUGAACUUUAUGUGUUUGAAUAACUGUAUAAUAGCAAAUGCAACUACUUUCCAUUAAAACAUUCCAUACAUCACAUUUAA